UCAGUAAGUGUCCUGCUCCUUUACGACUAGUUUUGACUGUGACCAAAACACCACAUCUGACAUCUCUUAUUAAAGAUGGGGGAGAGGUUGCCAAGUCAGAAAAGCUUUAUUUGCUCUUUUUUUGAUUGUAAAGCUACAUUCAGUAAGUCAUGGAAGCUAGAGGCUCAUCUUUGCAAACACACAGGAUUGAAACCGUUCUCCUGUGAGAAUUGUGACAAGAGCUUUUGCACUCGUUAUCAACUCACCAGGCAUGGGCUCAAUCACAGUGGGGAAAAACCACACAAGUGUCUGGAUGCCGGAUGCUCAGAGGUCUUUGUCACAAAUACCAGCAUGAAGAACCACAUGGCUCGAGUACACCAGCACCAGGAGAAGCGAUAUCAAUGCAACCAUCAGGGCUGUGGAAAGGAUUUCCACAAAAGGAACCAACUGAAAGCCCAUUCGUUUGAGCACCAACAGGUCCUACCAUUUCAUUGUUCUAUCAGUGGCUGCACGAGAGAAUUUCCCUCCCAUGGGAAACUGAAGCAUCAUGAGAAAGUGCAUGCAGGCUACCCUUGUGAGAAUGAAGAAUGUCCUUUUCUGGGAAAGACGUGGACGGACUAUCUGAAGCACAGAAAAGAACAUAAAGUCAAGGUGCCGUGUGGAGAGUGCAAAAAGCUGUUUAACAAUGCAUGGUUCUCGCGCCAACAUGGGUUGCGUGUCCACUCCGGGGAGAGAAAGAAGCUGCCGUGCCCCAAGAAGGGGUGUGCUAAAAAGUUUACUCGUCGCUUCAACUUGGAGAAUCAUGUUCUGGGAGACCAUGAGGGCAAGAAGCCCUUUAGCUGUGCCUACGCUGGCUGUGGGAAAAGCUUCGCCAUGAAGGAGAGCCUGUGGCGACAUGGAGUGGUGCAUGACCCAGCAAAGAAAAAGCUGAAGAAACUGCAUCCUAAAAAGAAUCAGCCCUGGCGUGUGGCCCUGCAGGUCCAACUGGCAUCUGCAGCCAAUCGAGCAGAGGCCAACAAGCUUGCUGAGAAGCUGCGCAAUACAACUUUAAAGGAUAACAAAUCUUGAGGCUGCAUUAUAUAAAUAUUGGCUUUAAUGGUGACGCAAAUCCCAUAAUUUUCUGUUUAAUAUACUUUGUUUAUGAAAAUAAAGCCUCAUUAACACAGCACUAUACUAGCCCUCUUUAA